AUGAAUUCAAGUUCAGCCCCAGACUCGGCGAGGACUGUUCAUGGAUGUGAUCAGGCCAUCUCGCAAGGAUCUCUGGAUCAUACUACACCGGAGGCCUACGCCUGGCUUGUCUUCAUAACCGUCAUCAGCAUCAUUACUUCUCCUAUUACAUUUUCUUUAAAUGCACUGAUCAUAAUCGCUGUGAAAACCAAGCACCGAGUGAAGACUAAGUCUAAUUUAGCGAUCGCCUGUUUGUCCUCUACUGAUGGGAUAACGGGAGUGAUUGGCCAACCUCUUUUUAUCUCUUGGGUGACGGCAGAACUGCAAGGAAACAUCUCUAGUACGUACUGUAUAAGAACACUGUUAUCAAGAAUCGCUUUGAGGGUAUUAGGUAUUGCAUCACUAUCUCACUUGGCCAUGAUGAACGUAGAGAGAUACAUUGCUAUCAAACAUCCCCUGCAGGACGAAACCAUCGUCACCGAGAAUCGCCUCACUUGUUUGUCCGUUCUCCUGUGGAUCACAGUCAUUCUAUUAACAGUGCCUUUAUCUUUCGCUGAUAAUAACAUUUAUCUUACUGUUGACAAUAGUAGCAUGUUUUUAUGCAUGGCCAUUAUAAUCUACUGUCAAAUCGUGCUUUACUACGAAACACGUCGGCAUCAAAAAGAAAUCGCUGCCCAGCAAGUAUCGUUGGAAGCCAGAGAGAAAUUCUUAAAGGAGAAAAAAGCUUUUAAACUGACAACAACAGUACUUUUCUUUUUAAUACUGUGUUAUUUACCUUUAAUAUUAGCACGAACGCUAAUAUCAAAGUCUGUCAUCAAAUCAGUCAAUUUAGCAUACAUCGCCCUCUUUGCAGGCAUAAUUGUGGCAAUUUUCAACUCGAUUGUAAACCCAAUUAUAUACUGUGUAAGAAUAAGACAGUUUCGUGUUGCGUUUAUUCAGCUGGUGUUUAGGAAAAGCAAUACGCAAGCUGAAAACAUGGAAAAACGAGUUUUUGCAAGAUUGAACCGGGUGAUGCCGCAUCAGGAGGUCUAG